AUAGCCCGACCUCUGCUCUACCAGACAAACAGUUAUUUAGCCUAAGAAUAUGAACUGGACUCUUUCUAACCUCAGUUGAUACUCAAAUGAUGGCAUAUAAAGGUCAGUUUGCUUUAGGAAGGAUAAUUAACGGUCAAGACACAUAUCAGAAUCGGUUCAAUUUGCCAGUGGAAGUUAUCAGAGUGCAGUGCCUGAACGAAUACUCAACAUGCUCCAACAGAAGACAUUACCACAUCGACGAUUCAAGCACCAGUCUUCCCACGACAGUACAACAUGGUAAACGACCUCUGAUAGCAGGUUUUCAUCACCCUUUGAGAAAAAGAUUGCGAGAAAUGCAAAGCUAUGAUCUGGAGAACCUUCUGGGCUAUGGACCUGACUGGGUGAAUAAGGAUCAUCUGAGACACAUGUACUCGGCUCCAAAACCAUUUUCUUCACGUGGUCUGUCGAAGAGCAUGCGCAGUAGUAUGUCUGGGACAACCCACUCAAUCUCACAUUUGGAAAGUCAGUUAUAUGGUGGUAAAGCCCUUAGGUUGCCCAACGCCACGAGCUUAAUUCAUUCAUACCAUUCAGGCAAUUCAGUGAGAGCUAGUUCACCUUUUAUAGUUCCCGUGGGUCCAGUUAGUCGAAGCGUUAAUAGAAUACCAAACUCUCCUGCACUGUGUAGCGUCUCGCCAUCUAAUACUCGGCGUACCAAGUAUUUUCCCCAACACAAGAUUAAUCCAAAAGAAACGCGUAACGAGAAUGAUGUAUUGACCAAAUAUUGCCAGUGGUUUGAUAACUUAAGUUCAUCGAUACUUGAAAGUAAUAUAGGCGAGUCUAAGUUGGCAGGUGUAGAUGAGAGCCAUCAGGUGAAGUCCAAGAACGAAGACAAUCAUCAAGAGGGCCUACAGAAGAAGAUUCAUCGGACUGACUACACCAAACGUGAUCUGGAUGAGACAAGCGUGAGACAUCAAGACUUUAACAGAAAAAAAUCCUGUUGUCGAACUGAAAGGCAAGAAAGCGAGUCGGUGAGAAAAAAGCGUGGUAUAAGCCUGAUAAACAGCAAUGAAGACGAAAAAGAUUACAAAAGCAAUGCUGAUGUAAAUGAACAUGGACAAGACAUGAAGAAUGGCGACCUUUCUCAGACAUUCCAGAACAUUCCCCGCGAAAAAGUAACUAGUCUUGAGCCAAAGGAAAGGGAUUUUUCUAGUAGUCCAGAACACGAAAUCGGAUGGAAAGAAUACAAUAAACGCUGGGGUGAAAACAGCGAUGAGUUGUUCGUCGAUAAGCUGGUGUGCAUUGUAAAAAACUACGUCAAGUCUAAAAGACCUCAGGACAGCGAUAUUGGACAGUGUAAGAAAGACAAUCCGAAACAAGAGGAAGAGAUAAAAACUGUUAAAGAGAGCAUCAUCGACCACCCAAAGGAAAAAAGAAGAAAGAGGAUUGAACUUCUGAGAAAAUUGGUGGCGCAACAAGAAAGCAAACUUGCCAAGCUGAAAAGACAGGCUUGGGUUGAUGAAGAGCAAUUUUAUGAAGCCCAGGAAGACAUAGGCUCAGAUUUCCAACCGUUCGGGCUUCGUGCGCCCGCGAAGGAAGAUAAUUCUGUUGUCAAAAAUAAGACAAGCCGUCCAAAUUCACCUGGUGCUGUAAGUCAGAGCUAUGAGGACGGUGUAAGUACAAGUAAAAAAACAAGAUUGGCAGUUGCAAAAUCUACUACGGAAAGCAAAGUUAUUUUGAAAAAAAGAUGGUUGAGUGACUGGUCAUGUAGUACAGCGGAUAACUACGUGAGUAAAGAAGCAAGCAGUAUUUAAUACGGCCAACCAGGAAUGGGAAAAUGAAAUCAGUUUAUAAACAGAUUAGUUAUACAGUUUCUCAUUAAUCCCAUAUAGGUAACUGU